AUGCCUCGAGAACAAGUCGAAUGGUGUACAAAACAAUCAUUGCAUGAUAAUGAUAAUAAAAUACAUAAACGUCAAUAUUGUACGUACUGUUCAAUUGUUAAUAUUAAUAAAAUAGACUAUCCAUAUUCGAGUUCAUUUGAACAAGAACAAACAUGGACAUUAGCACGAACAAUGUCAAGUCAUCAUAAACGAUAUCAAUCAUCAAUUGAAAAUAUUCAUUUAACAAUACCGCCUGUAUCAAAUAUUAGUAAAUCUUAUUUAUCAAAUACAAAUCAUAAUGAUUAUGAUAAUGAAAAAAUUAAAUUAGAUCGAUCUAUUUCACUAUUACCACCACUUCCACCAUCACGACAACAUGCAGUAUCAAUUCAUCGUUUAAAUCGUACAAAUACAGAUUUAAAAUUUAAUCAACAACAAACUUUAACUAAUAAUAAUUCAAGUUCAAAAGUAAAAUCUACUAUAAAAAAAACGCAACCAACAGGAAAUUUAAUGCGUAUUAUGCAUGUUAAUGGAGAAUUCAUUGUGCGUAUUUAA